AUGGUGAAAUUUGGGGAGCAUUUGAAGCGCUCUUUAAUUCGGGAGUAUAGCUACUAUUAUAUAAGUUAUGAUGAUUUGAAAGCUGAAUUGGAGGAUUCUUUGGAAUCUAACAAUGGUGUGUGGUCUGAGGAGCUUGAGACUCAGUUUUUGGAGUCGCUUGAGGUUGAAUUAGAUAAGGUUUACACUUUUUGCAAAGUGAAGCACAACGAAGUUUUGCGUCGAGUUAAGGAAGCACAGGAGCAGGUUUCUGUUGCCUUUCAUUCUUUAGACAGCAACACACCAGUGACGGACUUGGAUUUCCAAAUUUUGGAGGAGGAAUUGUCUGACAUUAUUGCUGAUGUGCACGAUUUGGCCAAGUUUUCAAGGUUGAAUUACACUGGGUUUCAAAAGAUCAUCAAAAAGCACGAUAAGAACACCAAGUUUAUCUUGAAACCUGUGUUCCAGGUGAGAAUGAAUGCCAAGCCAUUUUUCAAAGAGAAUUACGAUGAAUUGGUUGUGAAGAUUUCGCAGCUUUAUGACAUUGUUAGAACUAGGGGUAACCCAGUUAAGGGUGACUCUGCUGCAGGUGGUAAGCAACAGAACUUUGUGAGACAAACUACAAAGUACUGGGUUCAUCCAGAUAAUAUCACUGAAUUGAAGUUGAUUAUCUUGAAGCACUUGCCUGUUCUUGUUUUCAACACCAAUAAAGAAUUUGAAAAAGAAGAUAGUGCCAUUACUUCUAUCUAUUACGAUAACGAGGACUUGGAUCUAUAUUACGGUCGUUUACGUAAGGAUGAAGGCGCUGAAGCACAUAGAUUAAGAUGGUAUGGUGGCAUGGGCUCUGAUACAAUCUUUGUGGAACGUAAGACCCAUAGAGAAGACUGGACUGGUGAAAAAUCGGUUAAGGCCCGUUUCGCUUUGAAGGAGAAGUACGUCAACGAUUUCUUGCACGGGAAAUACACCGUUGAACAAGCCUUCGCCAAGAUGCGCCGCGAAGGUAAAAAAUCAAUCCAGGAAAUAGAGAGUUUGGAAGCAUUGGCUACAGAGAUACAGUACACCAUGUUGAAGAAAAAAUUGAGACCAGUUGUUAGAAGUUUCUACAACAGAACUGCGUUCCAAUUACCUGGUGAUGCCCGUGUCCGUAUCUCUUUAGAUACUGAACUAACCAUGGUUAGAGAGGAUAACUUCGAUGGUAAUGAUAGAACUAACGGUAAUUGGAGGAGAAUGGAUAUUGGUGUCGAUUGGCCAUUCAACCAAUUACCAGAAAAGGAUGUUUGUAGAUUCCCUUAUGCUGUGCUAGAAGUGAAGCUACAAACUCAAUUGGGUCAAGAACCUCCUGAAUGGGUUAGAGAGUUGGUUGGUUCCCACUUGGUUGAACCGGUUCCUAAGUUCUCCAAGUUCAUUCAUGGUGUAGCUACUUUGCUCAACGACAAGGUCAACUUGAUUCCAUUUUGGCUACCUCAGAUGGACGUCGAUAUCAGAAAACCUGCAAUCCCAACAAAUAUCAACAUCACAAGACCUGGAAGAGAAGAUGAUGAGGAGUUCGAAGAUACCGAGGAUGAAGAGUUAGCAGCUCCAGCAAACUCCUACGAUAUUGAGGAGGCAGCCGGUGAUGUUCCAGUUAAUCGUGGUGCUGGCCAGCCAACAGGCGUAUCUUCUGCUCCUAAUUAUGGUGCUAUUACUGAAAAUGCCAACGUGCCAUCUAACUCAUCUGAAAAUGCCGCAGAAAUUCUGCGUAAGAUUAGACAAGCUUCUAAUCCAGUAACUAAAUAUUGGUACACUUUGGUAUACCAUAUCGACCACUACUUGUAUGGUGACCAGAUAUCCAAGGUUCCUCAAGGUACAGUCUUUGAUUCUUAUGUGAGCGCUCCGCCAGGCAAAACGAUCUGUGUGCCUGUACGUGUCGAGCCAAAAGUUUACUUUGCCACAGAAAGAACCUUGCUAUCUUGGGUUUCAGUUGGUCUUGUCUUAGGAGGUGUUUCAACUAGUUUCUUAACGUAUGGUACACCAACUACUAUGGUGGCUUCUAUCGGUUUCUUUAUUACCGCCCUUGUCACCAUCUGGUUGAGCACAUACACAUACUGCAAACGUGUAGUAAACAUUAGAAUGAAACGUCCUAUCGACUACGAAGAUAAGUAUGGACCUCCAAUGAUUUGCGCCUUUUUAAUGGCAUCAAUCUUGUUCACCUUCUUCUGCAACAUUGUAUGA